AUGCAAGUUCCGGAAACUGAUGUUCAGUUUAUAAAGGAUUUUAUGAAAUAUAUUGAAUUGAAUUUUCGUAAUGAAAGUCCAGGACAUAAAGAUCCAAUUGGAUUAGAUCAGUGGUGGCUACAAGGUGCUGGAAAUUUCUUUUGUGGUGUUACUGACGAUAUUGAUUUUUAUAUGUAUUUAUGGGAUGAUAGCCAUUAUCCAUUUUCUAUUGGUAAUGUGCAGAUUAAGCCGGAACCACCAAAACACUUACCUGCACAGAAUUCUGUUGUAAUCAAGUUCGUUCCUACUACUAUCUCAAAAGAUGAUGUGUUUGAUGAGAUGAAAUCACGUUUUUCUUCUAUAUUUAUGAUUAAUAAAAUGAAAGGAACUACUAGGUCAAGUGCUCGGCAUAUUCGUGUUAUCUUGAAGCAACAAAAUGAAUAUAAGAAAAUUCUCUAUGACGGAAGAAUUUGUCAUCAUUGUGGUGGUAAUCAUAUAUCGACAGAUUACAAAUGUCCUACAAUAGUUAAUUUUCGGAAAAAUCUUUUAGAUAAAUUAAAAAAUAAUGCUGACAAAUUACCAGUACAUGUACGUAUGUUUAUUGCAAUUGACUGUCGAAAGCCCAAUGAUCAUGAUCUAAUUCUAACUUUCACUCGUUCCGAAUAUUCUGCUUCUCCUAUUACCACCACAGGCAACUCUUCACAUCCUCCAACUAUGAAUCAUUGGACUAGUCGACAAGAAGCGUCAAAGGAAUAUUUGGAUUCGGCAAUUAGAGCAUUUGACAAUGAAUUGAAUAAGAUAAAGAAAGAUUUUGACGAAGAAAAAAAACGAAUCAACAGGUUAUAUGAAAAACAAAUUGAUACAGUUAAAAAAGGAUGGCUUAUUCUACAACAGCAAGUCCGGGCACAAAAUGAAUGCUUAGCAUCUAUGCAACAAGUUAUUAGUACUACAAUUGAUUGUACGGUCAAUUUAUCAACAACUAAUAAUAUAUUAUGUGAAUUUGUCAAGACUGUUUGUUGA